AUGCACGAGUUAUCAGGUGAAAAGUUUGCUCUUGUCUUGGACGGCUUCACGGAUGCUGCUGAGCACGCUAUUGCCAUUUUCGCUGCCACGAAAAAUGGCAUACGAUUCCUGGCAUUCUCUCGUUUCCUAGAUGAGGUGUCGAUGACUGCAGCUGAGCACAUGGGAUUCUUAGACAUGGUUCUCGAUCACUACAAGCUAGACAUCGCUAAUAUGGUCGCCAUCGUAGCUGAUAACAUGGAAACCAACAAAGCGAUUUCCCGUCGAAUUUCGGUUCCAUCGAAUGGAUGUGCGGCCCACCGCUUCAAUCUUGCUGCUCGCAAAUGGUUAGAGCCGCUUAUGCAUUUUAUUAAAAAGGUUAGUGCUUUAAUGGAGAAGCUGAAUGCUGUCAAGAGGAUAGCUAAGCUGAAACUACAUGGAUGUUAUUAA